AUCGGCCGUGAUAGAUGUUUGGGCUUUCGACAAAACAAGCCAAGCAGCAGCCAGCCGGUCCGUUGUGCACAGUGCGGUAGGUGUGUUGGUGUGCAUAUCGAGUGCUGGUCGGUAUCCUUCUCUUACUCUUUCGUUGGUGUCGCCACUGGUGCCUGUACAUAAGACGCACUGGCCACUCUUCUAUGUACAGGCCCCAGGCAGACCAGCAGCAACUAAACGUGUCAAGACGAUCCGAUGCGCUGUCGUUGGUCGUCGGAGGGGGAGGAAAAUGAGUGUGUGCAUGAUAGAAAGAGUAAGUGGAUGCGAGUGUGUGUAGAGAUGGAGAAGAUUAAACAUAUUUUCGCUUAAACUGUUUGGCGACGUCCAGUUGUUGAGCCGUUGGGUUCUAUUUGUUUCGAAGCUAUAUUUAGGUUUCAUUUGACGACGCGUCCUCGGCCAAAGCGAACGUGAAUUAGUUUCCUUUCCGUUUCUCUGACAUAAGCACCCAAACUACAGGCAAGUAGUUCCAAACUGGUGUGCUGACAACAGACAGAAGAGAGAAGAUCGUUUGGACACUGCAUUCAGCGAAAUCAGCCGUGUGAUAGUGAAGAGUUGUCGAUAGUGAUAAUUAAAAUUUAUUGUUAUUCUAUGUAAAUUUCGACGGAAAUGAACUGUUGUUUCAGUUUCUUUUGAGUUUAAGUCUUUAUUUUGUAUAAAUAAGAUUUGUUUUUUCUCUGUUAAUAUUGAGUUAAUUAAUGUGAUUUGUGGAACUUUGGUGAGAACGAACAUCCGAUGAAAGUUAAUCGUAUGGGAGCAAAUUCAAAAUAAAGUUCAACUGUUACGAUAAACGGAACCCUGAAAAACGUUGUGUAUUAGUGGUGGGAAUGUGAUAAUUGUUGAAUUAAAUUUUGUCGAAGAACUGGAAGAUCAGCAAGAAUUAAUGAAAGUGUGUCGCGUGUGUUGCUCGAGUUAUGGCCAGUAAUGGGGGGACUCUACAUGGAGUUCCCCAAACGCAGCAGAGCCUAAGUGGGCAUCAUAGUUGCUCACACUGCGGGUUGUAUUUCGAUAGUUCGUCGUCGCUUCAAGUGCAUAUGCACUAUCAUCAUGAAAGUAUGAAUCGUUGGGGUCCCACUUCUACGGGAAGCUUGCCCAGUUCAACUACGUCGUCAACACCAACUUCUGAUACUGAAAAUAACAACCAACCGUCAUUGAAAUCGCAUACAAAGUCAUCGUCGCCGCAUCAAACCAUUGCAGCUGCAGCAGAUUCAAGUGAUAAUCAACCGUCGACACCUCAGCCACCAACACUCCCGGAGCCAGGUACCCCUCAAAGUUUUACUGGCGGUGCUUCGCCAUAUCAACAGCCAGCUUCAAUAAUUGUGCCACCAGAAAUGCACUAUCCAACCUACAUCCACGGGUACGAUCCGUAUUAUCACCCGACUGGCAUUGAUUACGGUAAUCCACUGCCUCCUUCGCAUCUCCAUAGUCAAUCACAGCCAGAGUACAAAGCAGUGCCUUCAGCCAGAUUUCAUCCCUACAACAACAACAAUCUCAGCAACGGAAACCACCAUCAAUCAUCUCAUAGUUCAAGUAACAGUGGCACGAAUGGCACAUCACCUCUGAAUAGCGCCGGACUAAGUCCGCAAGUAGUCAGUUCUUCGAGCAAUAGCCAAAACCCAACGUCACAAGCGGCAACAACUGUAGCUUCGUCAACAACCACUACGUCACCCCAAAAUAGCGGUUCCCAUAUCCCGCCAACUCCAUCUCCAUCACCGAUUCAAUGUGAAAAGUGUGGACUGGUAUGUGAUACGGACGACGCUCUAAGUGAGCAUGACGCGUCGGUACACCAGUCACAAUCUCAGCAGCAAUCUUCAUCCGAGGGCAGCAACAUGAAUCGAAGCGAUGAACCGGAUAUGCAAAGUGGAUAUCCUUACGGAAACAAUCCACCACCCUUUAUAAAAGAAGAACCACCGGCAUCAGACAUUUUGGAUCUCGAUUCUCAAAAAAUGGUCUAUCCUCCGGAACCUGUGCUGCCACCGAUGAACUCGCUACACCCUUUACAAUCCAUGCAACGGCACCCAAUGAUGUGGCCCCAUGAUCCGCAUAACUUCAUUCCUCCGCAUCCGACUCAUGAUUUGAAAGCUCCCUACUACCACCCGCAAAUCAAAUCGGAAUACUCUACGACACCAUCAAUCAAGGGUGAUUAUCCACAGCAUGCAGCAAUGCAUGUAAAACCAGAGUAUACGGCUAUUGUAGCCCCUGCGCCAAUAAAGAAUGACUAUAACAUGCCACCGACUUUGCCACCGGCUGUUCCGCAAUCGAACCAACCGGUGAAGCAAUUCACUGAAGAUAUUAGCGAGAACAAUCAAUUAGCAACUAGUCCGUCGGACUUCCCUAGUACAACGACACCACAGGAAAAUAGUUCACAGUAUAGAAAUUUCGAACCUCCUACGUCGUCGCUACCAAACAAUGCGUUACCUUCAAAAGGAACUGCAUGGAAAUCCAAUGAAGCAAGACGACCGAAGACAUACAACUGCACUGCCUGUAACAAGUGGUUUACAAGUUCCGGUCAUUUAAAGCGACACUACAACACCACACUUCACAAGAAUGCGGUCAAAUCAAGUGGGCAACCAGAUCCAGCUACAUUGCCCAUCAGUAUUCAUCACCACCCGGGUCGCGAUCCCAAUUACGGGAAUAAGGGAAGGCGAGGCUCUACCGCACAAAUACAGCAACCUAUACAACAGCCGGUUCCACCACCUGACCCUCCUAGAAGCCCCGAUUACGGUUCACAAUACAAUAGUCCGCCGGGGUUUACAUCAGGAGUUCAGGGGUUCCACCAGUACAAUGCCAAUCUUCAAAACACUUCUUCAACGGUUCCCCCAAACGGGGUAGCAGGUCCCUCCGUCCAAGCCUCCCAACCGAGGGGCCUGCAGAUCUUCUCGAACAGCAACAUGGAACUGUUGCACCAGUCGGAGCAAACGGAUCAACCCACUACUACCACCAUCACCACCACCAGCAUUCCAUCGCCGCUGCACAAUCAUCACACCAUCAGUACAACGGAGCCAUUCCACACCACCAACCCUUCAAUUAUCAACAUCAGCAUCCCAUCAUUCCAAACCAUCCUGCCGGAGGCACCGAAUUAUCACCAUAUUAUUGGUAAUCACAAUACUCCGGCUGAAAUCCACGAAAUGGUGUCGAGCGAUCAAUACUUCGCAAUCAGUGGCUAUGAAUCAGCUUCUACGGAUUCGACAGGAUUGGGGUUUCCCCGGUAUUCGGGGGGCGCCGAGAUGUAUCAAGGUGAUACGGCGCCCCCCUUUUCACCAAACGUUCCGGAACAAUACCAGCCAACCGAUUCACUCUACAAUGAACUCCGUACACCGACUCCACAACUAGCGGCAACGGCACCUACUCUUUCACCUGGGCCCUGCUCGCCAAGAGUCACUUCGACGGGAACCACUUUGCCGUCGGAAGCUCGUCUCACUGAAGUUUUCCGAUGCGAGGAGUGCGACAAAGUAUUCAACAAGUCUUGCUAUCUGACGCAGCACAACAAAACAUUCCAUUCUGGUGAUAAGCCGUUCAAGUGUCACCGGUGCGGGAAAAGAUUCCCCUGCGAUCAAUCGCACGAGGAACAUCUGGCGAAGCAUGGCGGGGAAAAGCCAUUCAAGUGUGAGCUGUGUCCCAAGCAGUUCAACCACAAGACAGAUCUCCGACGGCACAUGUGUCUUCACAGUGGAUCCAAGCCGUAUGCUUGUGAUCAGUGCGGAAAGGGAUUCAUCCGAAAAGAUCACAUGCUGAAGCACUGCGAAACACACAGAAAGAAAACGGUAUCGGUUAUGAAGAAAUCUCCGAGUGGAAAGCUGAUCAACCAGAUUCACCCGAAGGCACUCAUGGUGGGAGAUGAAUGACGAUGGGUUUCCAUCCGUUGUUUGACUCCGGAGCCUUGAAGUGAACAAUGGACCGAAUGCAUCACCGAAAUGGUAAAGUUUACAAAACUUCAUAUUUCUUUAUUUGAUGAAUCUCAAUCAUUUCAUUUGGAUCUUUUCCUAACACACGAAACAAAGUUACCUAUUUGAAUCCUUUUACCAAAACCAGGUGCAGUACACUACUACCUCAAUGUAACAUGUAAUAAGAAGUGGAAAAGUAACAAUCUGACAAAUAGCCAAUCACUAGUUUAAUUGAGUAUUGAAAUAGUAAAAAUCGUAAACAUAAGUCAACACAGAAACCUACCUCAAUAGUUAUUACAAUUCUUAUUGUGCGACAAAAGUCCGAUCUGCUGGGCCCACCGUCGCAGAAUAAGUGAAGCAAUUCAACAAAGUUAUACAUUUUACUAUGAAAUGAUAUUUACAACUGAAACACAAAACUGAUGACGCAAACUAAAGCAAAUAUAAAAUGUGUAUUCAUUAUAUAGAAGCACAAGCCGAGAAUGGAAUCAUCAGAAUCUGAAAGCGAUGAUUCUAGAAGGAAAUUCCAAGAAUAGCGUAUUUUGCGAAUUAUUUUAAAGCAAUAUUAACCGUUAAUAGAGAAAACAAUCACAGAACAAUUGCAAAGUCUAUGCUACAAAGAGCAAAACAAGUACCUCUUUCUUAAAACAGCUACUAUCGUCAUCACAGGAACUGAGAAUUAUUCUCAUUAUGGCUGGAAAUGUUAUAAUAGGGUAGAAGGAACACUGUGUUACAAAUGAAAAGAAUAUUGACAAAGCUCAUUAAACAGCCAAUUGCAGGUCAUUGGUCAAGUCAAGUAGAUCUGGGAAACGCAUUGAAGAAAUUCAUACACGUCAAAUAUGACCAGCAACGCGUUGCCUUGUAAAAACUUUAUUUUUCCUCCAAAAACGGUUUUUGAUAGGGCAUCCAGAGUGGCGAGCUUGAUAUAUCAAACUACUCAGCUCUAUGAGCUUAGUUAGUCAGUUUCUUAAUGCAAAAAUAAGUAAGGCGCGAGUUUCGGUACUUGUUCGAUUUGCUCGCAACAAAUCUCAUUUGAAGUUAAUUUAAACUUGAUCACGCGUUGGGAAUUGUUGUUACAUUGCACCAAAUCCAAACCACCAAAUCCUAAUGUAUUUUCCGGAUGACAUUGCUUUAACCAAUGACUUGCAAAAGGGCAGAUGAAGUGUAGCAAUUCACGAUUGCAAAAUAUACCGAGAUAAAAUCUUUCAAUAAUGGCAACCGAACAAAUGUACAAAUAAAACCUACUAUAAAUAGGAAUCAAACUGAAUGUAAAAACCCAAAAGUGGAAAACAGUACUUACGAAAGAAUCAUACUUGUUGUUGAAAAAAAGCAAAAGAACAAAAAAAUAUUAGCGUAAACGUUCAACUCGUGUCUCUACCGGAAAUCGAAAAUCACAAAAACAUAAACAAAACACCCUGAAACGCAUAUAGUUAUAGUGAGAUGUUAAACUGGAACGGAAACAAACAAUCCUAUGUACCGAAACUGUAUUAUCAAAUGGUUGUGUUAGAUUAAUUAAUUACCUAUUAUUGAGGAUUACAAGCUUUCUGCGUUUGGUUUGAUUCUCAAUAUCUACCUACCAUACCCGGCAAGACUCCCCUCGACCUAAUACGAUUUAUUCCGGCUCUCGCACAUGGUUGAGGUUCAGGUUCAACUGUAUUCAUUAGUCCGCCGUCUCCCGGCCCCAUCCCACACCAGUCCCGAUCAGAAAAUAUUCCCAAUACUUGUCAAUAAGCAUCAAGGACUUGCGAUACUUUUUUUUCGAAAUAGUGUUCAUUCCAAAUGUAAAGCUUUGUCCUAAUUUAUUGCAAAACUAAAUCAAACACAAUGUCCUCAUUUCAUUUUAAUUUUCUGCUCGGGUUACCCCAUCCAACAAACCAAACUUCAGUUCACACUUCCGUCACGUUGGUCGGGACGUUUGCUUUUGUUGAUUGGUCGCGUGAACGUCUAGAAGUGGAUUCCCGCCAUUUAUGCUUCGUCGUUUUCGUUCCUCGUUCCCGAAUAUCUUGCGAGUAGGUAAGACCCCCUUCCAUUACUUGGCGCAACAGUAGACAAGUUGUUCCGGUAUUGCCACCGACUGGUGCUUCUUUCGUUCAAGUAUUUUAUCCUGAACUGUAUUAGAUGAUUAUUAUCGCCAUCUUCUCUUUAUGAGCCAUUUAAUUUAUGAUCUUCCAAUCAGGUUGUAAGUCCGUUAGAAUUUACAUUGUAAAUGUUAUAGCAACUGGAACUUUUGUUUUGUUCAGUAAAUAAGUAAAAUUUUAGUUACCGUUGUUCAGUAUUUUUAUAUAUAUUUUGUUCUGGUUAUGUGCCAAGAAGUAGUGAAAUGCUCGGAGGGAAAGAUUUCUUAUUUUUAUUUGUUACCAUAAUUGUAUAUACCGACGGGAUCAUUUGUGCCAAAAUGUCGCCAGAGUUCACGGUUUUUCCAGUUUAUGAUAGUUCAAUGUUACCGCUGAAUGACAACAAUAAAAAAUCUUCCAAGUUUGGUUGGACUGUUCCAGCAGAUCUUCAUAUCAUAAAUGAACAAUAAUUUUGCAAUUUAUUAAAGAAUUAAUCAAUGCAUUUAAGAAUAACAUAUCCACUUUUGUGAAACAAAACCUAGCCAAUAUCAAUUGAUUUUCCAUGAAUAGAACAUAUCCAUCUUAAGUUGAGAAAACAAAAUAAUAAAACUGAUCAAACGACGAAUUGGAAGCAGAAUAUCAUUUCUAAAUCGUUGUAUCAAUUCGAUGUGUAUUUGAUAAAAAGAAAAGUAUAAACCAAUAAAUAAUAAUAAAGAAAAUUACUCGUGACGCAUAGACGUGUGAAUCAGAGUACCAGUGUAUAAAGAGUAUUCCAAAAUGUAAAACGAUGAACAUCAUGAUACGAAAUCAUUUGCUCAAACCAAUUUUGAUUUAUUACCGUUCACAAAUGUUCCGGUUCUGUUAACUAUGUUACCAAAAUGCUGUGUCUGUAAAAUACCAACCGCUUCUGUCGACAGAAGUGAACGCCACAAGCGGGUCACCCAGCAGGGAUGGCUCAUCUGCGAAUUACGUUGCCAUUCUUAUGUUCCAAACAAACAUCACAAAACUAGCCAAUAAGUACGAAUCUAUAUAUAAUCCGAAGUGAAAAGAACUCUCAGCUUGAGAGCGUAUUUGAUUUUCCACAUGUACAAAUAGAAAACCUUAGUUUCAAACGAUUAUAAGAGAAAUUGAAUGAGAUUAGAGUAUUUGGAUAUUACUUAAAAGACGUAUGUGAAUUUUAUUGAGAAAACAAAGUUUAAAUUAUAUGGAAAUCGAAAUAAAACUGGAUAAAAAUGUAAUAA